GGCGCGACGAGCGGAGCGGAGCCUCACCUUCCGCUGUGAUCGCCGCUUUCCUUCAUCCUCUGCCCUGACUUUAUCAUAUCAAAUAAGUGUUCCGAGCUGACUGCUAUGUGCUAUGUGCACCGACCCUCUCCCCCUCGCUGAAACAUCCACUUUGAUUUGGGACUGAAAUUAAGCAUCGCAGCAUGAAGAAGUUUCGGAGGGUUUUGGACGGCCUGACGACCUCCUCUCCGGCCGGCGUCGGCGGCGGGGCUGCGACCCCUCUGGCCCCGGGGACGGUCCCCAGAGAGCUGGAAGUACGGGAGACCUUAGUAUCCGACAACUUUCAGGUCUGUAAGACAACACGGCAUGGAUUCCCGUUCCAGCCCACCGCCCUCGCGUUCGACCCGAUUCAGAAGGUUCUCGCCAUCGGAUGCCGGGCAGGUGGGAUGAGGAUACUGGGGAGGCCAGGUGUUGACUGUCACUGCCAGCAUGAAAGUGGAGCUGCUGUUCUUCAGGUGCAGUUCCUCAUCAACGAGGGGGCACUAGUCACGGCGUGUGCGGAUGACACACUUCACCUGUGGAACCUGCGGCAAAAACAUCCUGCAGUUCUACACUCUCUGAAGUUUAAUAGAGAGCGCAUCACUUUCUGCCACGUCCCGUUCCAGAGUAAAUGGCUGUAUGUGGGAACAGAGCGUGGAAACACGCACAUUGUCAACAUAGAGUCCUUCAUCCUCUCCGGAUAUGUCAUCAUGUGGAACAAGGCCAUAGAACUAUCCACCAAAACCCACCCUGGACCUGUGGUGCACCUGAGUGACAGACCCAGGGAUGAAGCCAAGCUACUGAUUGCAUUUGAGAGUGGGACUGUGGUUCAGUGGGACCUGCGUGCUAAAAAAGCAGACUUUAGAAUCCAGUACGAUGAGGCUAUCCGCUCUGUCGGUUGGCACCACGAGGGGAAGCUUUUCAUGUGCAGCCAUGCAGAUGGCAGUCUGACCACCUGGAACAUGAGGAACACCACCAAACCCUUCCAGGUCACCUUCCCGCAUGGAAAAACUCAGAAGGACAGCAAGAAGGCAGAAUCAUGCAAGCCCAUCCCAAAAGUUGAGUUCAAGACAACCCGGAGCAGUGAACCUUUCAUCGUGUUUUCGGGGGGGCUGUCCUAUGACAAGGCCGGCAAGAGGCCGGCACUCACCAUCAUGCACGGAAAGUCUGUCACCGUGCUGGAGAUGGAUCACCCCAUUGUGGAUUUCCUGGUGCUCUGCGAGACCCCAUACCCUAAUGAGGUGCAGGAACCUUAUGCCGUAGCUGUGCUGCUGGAGAAGGACUUCAUCAUGGUGGACCUGACACAGAGCAAUUUCCCGGUCUUUGAGAAUCCGUACCCCAUGGAUAUCCACGUGUCCCCGGUCACCUGCACGGCCUACUUCACUGAGUGCCCCGCCGACCUCAUCCACGUUCUCUACUCCCUGGGCAUCAUGCAGAAAAAGCAGGGGUUCAGUCACAAGGAGUGGCCAGUGAGUGGUGGAGCUGCAGGAGCCCAAACCGAGCCAGAGAUCAUCCUCACAGGGCACGCCGACGGCUCGGUAAAGUUCUGGGACGCGUCUGCCAUGACCCUGAAGAUGCUCUACAUGGUAAAGACAUGCAAGGUGUUUGAGAAGCCGAAGGCGGCGGAAGGCCGGGGGUCAGAGGUCAUGGAGGAGGACCCCUAUGUGGUGCAGUCUGUCAUCUGGUGCCCCCACAGCCAGCUACUGUGUGUGGUGGGCUUCUCAGCCUAUGCCAUCCUCUACCGAUUCAACAAGCAUGACGCCACCGCUGAGAUAGUGCCCCUGGAGGUCUAUCUGCAGAGUGAAACAGAGGACAGUGUCUCUCCUGCACCAGUUGAUGUCCAUCCUGCCACUGUGGAUCCCAGGAUCCGCUCACCACAGCCCUUCCCAGGAAAUCCUGGGGGCACCACAGCCAGCAGUGUGCGAGACAGUGCCCCCUACCUGAAGGUGAAGACGCGCGCGGCAAGAAUGCCGGCCGGGUACCAGGCCCAGCUUGUGAUUCAGAUCCUGACUGCAGACGGGGACCAUCCUCAGCAGAUCACCGGAGUCGAUGUCAAUUCCGCAUAUGGCCUGCUGGCUCUGGGAUGUGGUAACAAUCUGGUGCUGGUUGACUAUCUUCAGAAGAGUCUUCUGUUCUGCAUGAAUAUACAGGAGCUUCACAGUGACCCCUACCUACGAGUGCGCUCACCUCACAAGAUCAAGCAGUUUAGCACAGAUCACUUUAGCGUCCGCGGGCUGGCUAACUUCUGCUCUGAUUCGAAGAAAAGGAUCCGUACGCCCAAUCAGAGCCUUACCGAACUCUCAGAUAACCCAGUGCCCUCUGAGCUGGAACGGAGCAGGUCACCCACCUCAGUUCCACACUGUGUCUCCCCUCCCAAUGACCCUGGCUGCAUACCAGAGCCCACCUCCGCUGUGAGGGCCAGUCACUACAGCUCAGUCUUGUACCUGCUGGACAGCGUUAAGGGGCCAGGCAGAAAGUUAAGUCUGCCGACUGAUCUUAAGCCCGAUCUUGAUCACGUGAACGGCCAGUGCUCCAGCACGGCGGCCCAGUCCACGGCUUCAGCGAAGCUCACUGGGAAGUUCUCGGGCGCGACGGGAACCACGGGCCCUGAGGCAGUCAGGCUGGGUCGCCGGGGACCGGGCCGGCCGCCCUUUCGCAAGGCUCAGUCUGCCGCAUGCAUGGAAAUCUCCCUGCCCGUGUCCCACUCAGAAGCAGGGUAUGCGUCCCGGCGAGCCAUGCUGCAGCAGCUUCACGGAGUCAGCAUGUAUUCACACGACGAGCACCACGGCGCCGCCUAUUCCUGGAGUGAGAGAGAAUCUCGUGAGAGCUCCUUCAGUCGCUCCCGGAGUUCUAGCAUCUCAAGCGUGGACCGAGAGGCCAAGGAAUCCAUCACCGCAUUGCACUUCAUGGAGUCGUUUGCCCGCAAGACGGACGCCGCCCCCUCACCCAGCCUGUGGGUGGGCACCAGCCUCGGUGUGGUGCUGGUCCUGGCCGUGUCAGCAUCUGCGGGAACCCAGGAGAACCAACAGGACUCUGUCACUAUGUCGCCUAGUGGCACUGUGCUAAUGGUCAAAGGUUCAGUUCUGAGGUUUGCAUCCCUGGACUUUAAUGGUAGCCUAAUCCACACCCCAUAUGAGGUGUGGCAGGACCCCCACCUCCAAGAGAAUCCCGAGCGCAGCCGCAGGUGCAAGCUGCCCGUUUCCCGCUCGUCCUCACAGGACGUCCCUGGCGAGGGCCACCUUGCGGUGGUAUGCUCAGAGAAGCAGGCCAAAGUGUUCCUGAUGCCGGCGCAGACCUGUCUGUACGCCCACAGCAUCACCGAAUCAUCCUUUGUGCUGUGUGCCGACAUGGUGUCCAUCUGCAACAGCGUCUGUCUGGCCUGCUUCUGCGCCAACGGCCACAUCAUGACCCUCAGCCUGCCUAGUCUGAGGCCCCUGCUGGAUGGCAGCUAUCUACCCCUGACAGACACCCGCAUCGCCCGCACAUUCUGCUUUGCUGGCGGCCAGGCGCUCUACCUGGAUUCCCCUACCGAGAUCCAACGGGUCACCUACAGCCAGGAGAUCUGUGACAACCUGCAGGAUCUGCUGGGUGAAUUGUUUAUCCCACUGGAGACCCCAGAGGUGCAGAACCGUGGCUUCCUCAAGGGCUUCUUCGGGAGCAGUGUCCAGACUUUGGACAGGGAGGAGCUGUUCGGGGAGGCUGCAGCAGGGAAGGCAUCACGCAGCUUAGCCCAACACAUCCCUGGCCAAGCGAGUGUGGAGAUCCUGAGGGGAGGCGCCGGAGGAGUGGUGGGGGAGCUGGCGAAGGCCCGGCUGGCCCUGGAUGAGAGAGGGCAGCGCCUGGGAGAGCUGGAGGAGCGAACCUCCCACAUGAUGUCAAGCGCUGAGACCUUCUCCAAGCACGCCCAUGAGCUGAUGUUGAAAUGCAAGGACAAGAAGUGGUAUCAGUUUUAAAUGUUCCACCUGCUGGACUUGCGCUGUGUCGUGCGGCCAUGUUGACAUUGCAAGGACAAGAAAGAGCGUGUUGUCUGCCAAAAAGAGCGUGUCGGAUGCUUCUUAGUUGGAAAGAUCGGAGGUGAAGUGCCAGACACUGUAGAUCAUGAAGAACUGGACUGAGGCUGAGAACUGCAUGAAGAUGUCCUUCUGUUUCCUGUCCACCCUGGACUUCCAUAUGUCUCAGUGUCUGAGUCCCUGUUUUGCCAUAUUUGGGGGGGGGGCGGGGGUUCUUGUGUCCCUGAGGUCCUGAAUUGUAACUUCUCUAAAGAUAAGAGCUGAAGCAGACUGCACAAUGAAUGUGCUUUGAAAAAACAAGUUAUAUAAAAAAGGGUAACUAUAAAAUGACGCUUAGGAAGUAUAUUCAUAUUCUUUAUGAAAAACCUAUAUCUACCCACGUUGACCAAAAUAUAUAUAUAUUUUCUUUUCUCAAACAAAAACUGUGUUUUAUAUUCUGAAUUGGAUCUGCAGUGUGCUGCAGUGUUUACCUUUCAAACUGAAGGUGUUUGAAUCAUGUCUAAAGUGUCUGAAUGUUAUGACUCAGGGAACAUUCAGCCCUCUAGCUGUUUUUUUGUGUUUCCAUAGAUAUUAGAACUGGCACAUAAUCAUGAAGAAACUAUUCACAGUUUUCAUGUCAAAGUGCACAGUAGUUGCAUCACCUUAGUUGGUGUAUCGUGAAACAGUUUUAGCACAGCUGAAAAGGGUGUUAAACAUAACACGCUAUACAGACACAAUCAUGAAGAUGUACAGAAAGCUUUUAUAUUUGACUCAGUCAACCGUUCAGUAGUGUCUGAUGAAGAUUGACGUUUUUUGUCAGUGAUUUUGACAUGUGUAAGGCCUUGAGAUGGUUUAUUGCAGUGAAUCCAGUGGAUAUAACCUGUCUGCCAAAGCCAGUGACUGUAGUACACCUCUUCAUUUGCCUCACUUACCAUUAGCUGUCUAAGUUAUGGUAGCAAAAUUUGCACAAUGAUGUCACACAUUUCUCGUAUCUGCUAAAACUGGGUAUAAGUUAAAAAGAGGCAUUAAAAACAAAGACCAAAAUGUGUGAUUAACAGAUCAUUAUGGACUUCCAUGAAUAGUAUCACUAUUAUGAAAACAAGUUGAAAAGUUCAGUCUUGUAGUUUUGUGGUAUACAUAUACAAUCGAAAUCAAAACUAAUGUUGAAGCUAAAUUUGGGUCUGCCUGUUGUUUCACUUUGUUAUCGCUUUGUCUAUCGCUUGCUUCUGUGGUAACUUUCCAAAACCAGCUGAUAAUAAGAAAUAACUUUUUAAAUUUAAAUUUGUAUAAUGUCUGUUGAUAUUUGUAAUGUUUGUAAUAUUGUGCAAUAAUAAUUAUGUUGUGUCAAUAUUGACAUAUAAGUUGAAAUAUCCUCACAUUCCUUGAGGACUUAAAUUGCCGAAAUUCAUAGUAGUUGCUGUUUCUCAAUUGAACUAUGGACGUAGAUUACAUUUAGGUUAAAUCGUGUGAAGAAAAUGCCAUUAACCUAUGUUUUGAUAUGACAGUAUUUUUUUCAAUGUCUACAACAUCUGUGCUUUCUUAAGAAAAGAAAUGGCAAUUUGCUGGACCAGACCUAAUUGUGGGAAAUACUCAGGACCGAAAACAAAUUCUCUCAGUAUUAAAGGAUAUUUGCAAAACAGAAUCAUACCCCCCUACAUACCUAUAAAUUUCAAAAUUAGACCAUCUUUUAUCACUCGCCAUUUGUGGUAAAUAUUGGUCUAUUUUAGUAUCUUUUCUCAUGUGUAACGUACAAAAACCCCAUCAAGCAUUACAAAUGAUGCAGUUAAAGUUAAUAAAUUUGAGAAGAGUGCAUUUCUGAGGGUCCUGUAGUUUUUAUGU